AUGAAACAAACAGAAAUGAUUAAUUCGACAGAUAAUUUUAGUAUACAAAUUGAUAAAUUAUUCAAACUUUUGAUUCAUAUGCAAGAUGAUGACAAAGAUUUUGAUGAAAUAAAGCAUCUUAUUAAUAGAUGCAUUUCUCUUUCUGAUCGAUCGGUCAAUGAUAUUUAUGACUGGCUUAAAGAAAGUCAAAAAGAAUUGAAGAAUAUUUUUAUUCUUGGAAUAUUUUCUUAUUACAAUCUGCUCGGUUUAAAAGAUAAUGAUGAUGAAGGAUUUAUAUACUUCGUCAAGUCAGCUGAAACUUUCCCUAUUGCACAAAUAUAUUUAGAUAAAUGUUAUAAUAAAAUAUUUGGAACUGAAAUAAAUUACAAUCUACCGUUUAUUGGCAUAAUAUGA